GAACUCAGAAACUUGAGAGUGUUGUGCUUAGUAAAAUGAACUUUGAAUCUUUUGUGAGAGAUCUGCUUCUGGUUCGUCAUUACAGAGUUGAAGUUUACAAGAACAAAGCAGGGAGUAAAUCUAUCAAGGAAAAUGACUGGUAUUUAGCAUACAAGGGUUCUCCAGGAAAUCUCGCCCAGUUUGAGGAAGUUCUCUUUGCCAGCAAUGAUAUGUCGACGGCCAUUGGGGUUGUGGGGGUUAAGCUGUCUACUACUGAUGGACAAAGAGUAGUAGGAGUGGGGUAUGUCGACACUACGCUGAGAAAAUUGAGUGUCUGUGAGUUUCCAGAUAAUGAUCAGUUCUCAAACCUUGAAGCUCUGCUGGUUCAACUAGGACCGAAGGAGUGUGUGCUGCCAGGAGGAGACACUGCAGGAGAGAUGGGAAAACUACGGCAAGUCAUUCAGAGAGGAGGAAUCCUGAUUACAGACAGGAAGAAGGCAGAUUUCACUACAAAAGAUAUUGUUCAGGAUCUCAAUCGCUUGUUAAAAUCAAAAAAAGAUGAACAAAUGAAUAGCGCAGCAUUGCCAGAGAUGGAAAAGCAGGUUGCUGUUUCGUCUUUGUCGGCCAUUAUCAAGUUUUUAGAGUUGCUGUCAGAUGAGUCUAAUUUUGGACAGUUUGAACUGACUACUUUUGAUCUUAGUCAGUACAUGGUUCUAGAUAAUGCAGCUGUUCAAGCUCUCAACCUUUUUCAGAGUUCUGUGGAAAAUGCUAAUACUGCCCAGUCUCUAGCUGGUUUACUAAAUAAAUGCAGAACCCCUCAAGGACAAAGACUAGUUAAUCAGUGGAUCAAACAACCGCUUAUGGACAAGAAUAGAAUUGAAGAAAGGUUGAAUUUGGUUGAAGCUUUUGUGGUGGAUCCAGAACUACGUCAGUGCCUUCAAGAAGAUCUCUUACGUCGCUUUCCAGAUCUUAACCGACUGGCAAAGAAAUUUCAGAGGCAAGCAGCAAACUUACAGGACUGUUACCGAAUGUAUCAGGCUAUUAAUCAACUGCCUAAUGUUGUACAAGCACUAGAAAAACAUGAAGGAGCUCACCAGAUGUUGUUGUUGGCAGUGUUUAUAACACCUCUUAAUGAUAUCUAUUCUGACUUCUCAAAGUUUUUGGAGAUGAUAGAAACAACAUUGGACAUGGAUAAGGUGGAGAAUCACGAAUUUCUUGUUAAGGCUUCUUUUGAUCCUAAUUUGACAGAAUUAAGAGAGAAGAUGAAUGAACUGGAAGAAAAAAUGCAGUCCUUUUUAAGGAGUGCAGCCAAAGAACUAGGUUUGGAAGCUGGCAAAAGUAUCAAACUGGAGACAAAUUCCCAGUUUGGACAUCACUUUCGAAUAACUUGCAAGGAAGAAAAAGUUCUCCGUAACAAUUCAAAAUAUGGAAUAGUUGAUACACAGAAGAAUGGUGUGAAAUUUACUAACAG